UCUAGGACCCCUGUUGGUGCAGUGGUUGAGCACUUGGCUGCCAAUCGAAAGGCUGGUGGCUUGAACUCACCAGACACUCCAAGGGAGAAAGUUGUGGCAGUCUGUUUGCCUACAGAUUUACAGCCUUGGAAACCCUAUGAGGCAGUUUUACUCUGUUCUCUAGGGUCACUAUAAGUCAGAAUUGACUCGAUGGCAAUGAAUUUGGUUUUUGGCUUGGAUCUACCUUUUUACAUGUAUGCAGUAUAUUGUAGAAUUUUUUUAAAAACAUAAUUGAGAUUAAAUGGUUUUGUAUUGUGCUUUCUCACUAAAUAUAAUUAUUGUCAUUGUCCUAUUUUCACCAGUUCUAUUACUUACUUGGCCUGUUAAUAUUUGAAGUCUUCUUCCUUUAGGAUAUCAGCUGAAAGGGCAGCACAUUUGAAGAGUAAUCGCUGAAUAGAUAAUGAAAAGCACUGAACUCUGAACAGACCACCUGCACUCUAAUACCACCUCUGCCUCUGUUCAGCUGAAUGAAUGAUCAUGAUUGAAUUACUUGACUUCUUUGGAGCUAAAAUGAAAGAAUUAGACAAGAUAAUAGUCAAUAUUUCCUUCAAGCUUUAGAAAUGUAUGAAUAGAUGCUGAGAUGAACCAUCACCUGUGUGUUUGGCUCUUUAGACAUCUGUCACUCGAUGGUUACCACCAGCAUCACAUCCGCCUUCGUUCUCAACAGUUUAGACAGAUACAUCUUGACACAAGGAUGUGGAUUUUUAGACAAAACAGGAAUUACAUUCUUCAUUCUCUGUUAAGUAAGAAUUCGUCCAGAAGAUACUGUCAUCGAGACACCAGGAUGCCAUGGAAGCAUAAAGCACUACAGAAAUAUAUGGGGGACCUCAACAAGGAGUACCUAAAACUUGAUCAGUGUUUGCACCAUAUCGCUGUGAAUGAAGGUGAUCGAAGGUCCUUGAACCAAAGGCAUGCUGAAUUGGCACCACUAGCAGCUAUUUAUCAAGAAAUUCAGGAGGCCGAACAAGCAGUUAAAGAAUUAGAAUCAAUGUGUGAAAGCCUAAAUAAACAAGAUGAAAAGCAGUUACAAGAACUUGUGUUAGAAGAAAAGCAAACUAUUGAUCAAAAAAUCAACAUGUUAUACAAUGAGCUUUUCCAAAGUCUAGUGCCAAAGGAUAAAUAUGAUAAAAAUGAUGUGAUUUUAGAGGUAACAUCUGGAAGAACUACUGGAGGUGAUAUUUGCCAACAAUUUACCCGGGAAAUAUUUGACAUGUACCAGAGUUAUUCAUGCUAUAAACACUGGAACUUGGAACUCCUGAAUUAUACACCAGCUGAUUAUGGUGGGCUACAUCAUGCAGCUGCCCGAAUUUCUGGUGAUAAUGUCUACAAGCAUUUGAAGUAUGAAGGUGGGAUUCACCGAGUUCAACGAAUUCCCGAGGUUGGCCUGUCAUCAAGGAUGCAGCGUAUUCACACAGGAACAAUGUCAGUUAUUGUCCUUCCUCAACCAGAUGAGGUAGAUGUGAAAGUGGACCCCAGGGAUUUGCGAGUAGAUACAUUUCGAGCCAGAGGAGCAGGAGGACAGCAUGUUAAUACAACCGAUAGUGCUGUCAGACUCGUCCAUAUCCCCACAGGGCUGGUGGUAGAAUGCCAACAGGAACGAUCACAGAUAAAAAAUAAAGAAAUAGCCUUGCGUGUGUUGAGAGCUAAACUCUACCAGCAGAUUGUUGAGAAAGACAAGUGUCAACAACAAAGCUCUAGGAAACUGCAGGUGGGAACAAGAGCCCAGUCAGAGAGAAUACGGACAUAUAAUUUCACCCAGGAUAGAGUCACUGACCACAGGAUAGCAUAUGAAGUUCGUGAUAUUAAGGAAUUUCUAUGUGGUGAGAAGGCCCUGGAUCAGCUAAUUCAGAGACUGCUUCAAUCAGCAGACGAAGAAGCCAUGGCUGAACUUUUGGAUAAAAACCUUAAAUCAGCAAAAUAAAUGCUGAUUUAUUAUUUAUUGUUUUAUAAAUGAAGUGGACCUGUAUCAAGAGGAAGACUGAGGCAGGGAAAUCUUUAUGAAUUUUCAUAAAGUACAGCUGAAAGUGCACAGUACUUACAAAUAUUUUUUUAAUGAAUCAAGUCACAUUUCUUGAUCUAGGAGUUUAUUUUAGGUUUCCUGUAAGGCACAAUCCAACUCUUGAAGUAGAAAACAAGCAUGCAUCAUUGAAAAGAGAAAGUAUUGAGAAUUGGUAAUGUGUGUUAGGAUAGAUCACUUGACCUCUUUAUAUGCCUUUUCUUAGCCAUCUAUAAAUUCAUUUGGAGUCCCUGGGUGGUACAAAUGGUUAAUGUCCUCAGCUGCUAACUGAAAGGCUGGUGGUUAGAGUCCACCGAGAGACGCCUCAGAGAAAGGCCCAGCAAUCAGCUUUUGAAAAGUCAGCCUUUGAAAACACUAUGGAGAACAGUUCCUCUCUGACACACAUGGGGUUUCCAUGAGUUGGAGUCAACUUGACAGCAACUGUUUUUUUUUUUUUAAUAAGUUAAACACAUUUUUCAAUUCAGGAAAAUGUAAAAUUUAGUCAUGUAAGAGUUAUAAAGUUUUUUUGUAAACCCUUUACUUAAAGGCAAAGUAUUAUUUAUCAUGUCAAAGUUAGAACUUUAAGUUCUACUUUUAAAUAACACAUAUAAAUUGUGAAGAAUUUGAGCCCCUCAGUAAUAAUGAACAUCUGAGGAAACAGAUUGUAAAGUUCUUUGAAAGCUGAAUGAAUUCUAUACUGUAUAAAUUACAAACCAAUAUUUAAAGUAGAUUCUGUGUGGCUUCUAUUUCUUAUUGUUCUUUGGCUUAAUAAGCAUCAACAGAUGGUCUAAUAUGAGUAAUUCACCAUAGUAAGUUUUGUGCAGUGAUUUAUAAAACACAAUCCUUACUUUAAGGAACUUCCAGUUGAGUGACGGAGCCAAACAUAUAAAUCACAAAUUGUAAUACCAAGUGGCAUGAUGUAUUUGGUAAUUGUUCUGAGGAAGUUCCUUGAGUAAGAAAAGAGGAGUAUGCCAGGAAAGACUAGCUGAAACAGAGCUGAAAUGGAAUUAUUUGAAGAUAAAGAUGAAAUUAUUUCCCAAAUUUUUGUGUUGAAAAUUUUCAAGCAUACUGAAAAUUUCUUUUAAAAAAUUAAAAAAUUUAAGUUCAAU